GGUCGCGGAGCGUGGCGCGGUGUCCUCUUGGAGCAGGGCAUUAGGACUGCAGUGAGCAUGCCCAUCUCACCUGCGCCAGGUGACCUGUCUCACUGGCUGGAAGUGCCCCUCUGUGCUUGCUCACCCGCGAGGGUGUUGCGCUUGCCAGCGUCUUGUCCCUUGCUCUUCAUCCACCAGACAGCUGCAGAACAAGUUGAAAUCAUCGCAGAAGGAUAAAGUUCGUCAAUUUAUGAUCUUCACACAGUCUAGUGAAAAAACUGCAGUAAGUUGUCUUUCUCAAAAUGACUGGAAGUUAGAUGUUGCAACAGAUAAUUUUUUCCAAAAUCCUGAACUGUAUAUACGAGAGAGUGUAAAAGGAUCGUUGGACAGGAAGAAGUUAGAACAACUGUACAGUAGGUACAAAGAUCCUCAAGAUGAAAAUAAGAUCGGAAUAGAUGGUAUACAGCAGUUUUGUGAUGAUCUGGCCCUUGACCCAGCCAGCAUUAGCGUGUUGAUCAUUGCGUGGAAGUUCAGAGCAGCAACACAGUGUGAGUUCUCCAAGCAGGAGUUUAUGGACGGCAUGACAGAGUUAGGAUGUGACAGCAUAGAAAAACUAAAGGCCCAAAUACCCAAGAUGGAACAAGAAUUGAAAGAACCAGGACGAUUUAAGGAUUUUUACCAGUUUACUUUUAAUUUUGCAAAGAAUCCAGGACAAAAAGGAUUAGAUCUAGAAAUGGCCAUUGCCUACUGGAACUUAGUGCUUAAUGGAAGAUUUAAAUUCUUAGACUUAUGGAAUAAAUUUUUGUUGGAACAUCAUAAGCGAUCCAUACCAAAAGACACUUGGAAUCUUCUUUUAGACUUCAGCACGAUGAUUGCAGAUGACAUGUCCAAUUACGAUGAAGAAGGAGCAUGGCCUGUUCUUAUUGAUGACUUUGUGGAAUUUGCACGCCCUCAAAUUGCUGGGACAAAAAGUACAACAGUGUAGCACUAAUGGAACCUUCUAGAAUGUACAUAGUCUGUACAAUAAAUACAACAGAAAAUUGCACAGUCAAUUUCUGCUGGCUGGACUGAACUGAAGAUCAAUCCUCACAAUUCAAACUGAGGGUUGAGACAAAACUUUCAGGAAACAUCUUGGACCAUAUCGUACUUCAUUCUCCUAAUGGUGGUUUGGGCUUGUCUUCUAGUCUGGGCCGCUCUAAACAUUUACAAUUCCAACAUUGUGGAUCUCAUCUCUCUGUGGACCAUCCUAGUUUGUCCUCCCAUAAGUCUUAGAAGCUUUAUGAUGAUUAUUUUGGGUUUCCAUUCUUGCAUAAAGCACAAUGCUGUCUUCAUCAGAAAACAGUUUGGCAUAAGAAUUAAACAUGAUGAACAUCACAAGCAGUUUAUAAAAACUUCUUACACAUAUGCUUUGGGCUAGUUGCAAAGACUUUGCUGAUGGUACUUCCAGGGAGAGUGAUACAUUGAAGUGAACCAGGUCUGGAUGGUUCUUGUUUGGGAGGAUUCAAUCUUUUUUUUUUUUUUUUUUUCCUGGCAAAUCACAUACAUUGUUGAUGUGAGUAGAAUAUCUGAUGAAAGACAUGUCAAAAUAACCAAUGUGAAAAAAUUUUUAGGAUAACUUGGUGCCUACCUGAAAAAUGUGUUGCAUUUCAGACUCUUGAUUUCCAAAAGGUUCCACAGGAUGAGUUUGCACUUGUCUUACCCAUGUCUAAACACAGUGGUCCUGCAGGGAAUUUUGAUUUAGAAAACAUCGGCAUGAGGCAUAAUGUUCGAUUCGCUCUAGACUGCAUUAUGCACCUCGGAUUGGAUUUCAUUAUGCUUUUGAAAUGCUUAGAUGCCUAUUGAGUAAGUUAUCUAUUUAAUUUGUUUUGAAUGUUUGGAUUGCUAUACAAUACAAUAUUCUAAAUUUAGGCAUGAGGGUUUAUUUUAUUUUUAUUUUUUGGUCAUCGCACUAUGAAACACACCUGGAUUUCUCUUAAUUUAUAUGAUGAUAGUAAGAAUUAAAUUUUGGAAUGGUUGUGAUGAGCCAUGAAAUGAAGUUCAGUCUCUAAGAUACAGGUACUACUCUUUGAGGCAAGUAGUCCAUUUAUGAUGACUUCUUAUUUUGUUGAAAUUGUUUUGACUGCUAAAUCACUGUGGUUGCCAAAUCUUUACACCAGGAGCAAAGCUUUCCAAACAAGCAUAUACUUGAUGCAGAAUACCAAUCUGGCUUCUAUUUUUAUGAUAUUUCGUCUCUUGACUUUUUGUUUCACUCACAUUAGCUAUUUUCACAUCAAAGCAAAAGGCUAUCUUGUUUGUAUUUUAUUUUUAUUACAUGACCUGGAAAUGCGUGUUUUUGUUUCUGUACUGACAUGUGGUGAAGAGAGUGUUACUUGCAUCACCGUUUCCAUAAGGCUAACAGUGAAGUGAACUGGGGUACUGGAUGGCUGAACUCUGGCAGGAACAGAUUUUGAUGGUGUAUCCAGGUCCUCCCCAGGGCCUAGUAGGGAGGUUAACAGAGGAAUGUACUCUGGUACAGUUUAUGCAGAUAUGGAAAUGAUUUUUAAAAACAAUGACAUAUUAAAACUUUUAUAUUCACAUGAUUUUGAAACUGCCUAGAAAGCUUAUCUUACAAAAAUAUUAUUUCAAUCAUAACUUUAAGAAUGUGAUUCUACCAAAAGAAAAAUUGGUAAAUUUCUAUUCAAGUUACAGGAAUUGGUUAUUAAAAGAAAAAAGAAGACUCCUGCUGUUUCAGUAUUCCCUGAUUUCAUUUUGUAAAUAUGAAGAGGAACUUCAAUUAUGGAAAAAAUUGAAAAGCUAUAUAUGCAUAUAAAUGUAUUGUUUUACUUCCUGUCUUGAAGAUUUUGAGUUCUGGUGUUGUUUUCAGAUGGAUUAAUUCAAGUAUGCUGUGUUUUCAAAUGAGAUUCAUUAGCCCCCACCCCCAACAUAAUUUUAUUUUUCAUAAGACCUUAAUAUUGGUUGUGGCCUAAUGCCUUGGGAUUUACAGAUUUUUCUUUUUAAAUGCCAGACCUUUUCAACAAAAUAGUGUUUGUCAUCAGUUUGGUACUAAACAUUUAUAAUUACUGUGUAAUUAUAAACAAAAUUACAUAAAGCUUUGACUAUAAUUAUGUAGCAUAAAAGUUAAGGUUGUUCACUAUGAUGGCAACUUAGAAUUAAAACUAUUACUAGGGCUCAAAAGAGAAAAUGGAUCUAAUGUGUUGUGAUUUUUCUAAGGAUCAAUGUUUGGUUUUAGGGAAUAUUUUGUACUAAAAAUGCUUGCAUAUGGAUGUGUGUGUGUGUGUGCGCGCACGUGCGUGUGUGUGCAAGAGAGAGAGAAUGAACCUGUGAGUGUGAGGGAGGAAGGUGCACGCGUGACUUGAUGCUUGAGUCAGUGUUCCUGGUUUCAUCCUGUCCAGUUCCCAUGCCGAAUCCUUGUUUUCCACUGAACCACAGGUAGAGUUUCCUUUUUGCCAAAUGUCAGAACAGGUACACAUCUUAAAAUGUAAUGCCUUCAAAUAGUAAAAUGUAUAAAAUAGAAGUAACCACAUAUAACCCUACUUGAGAUCAAGGCUAUCUUUAGCGAAUAUCAUCUCUGUAAGUUCCAUUGUGUUUUACAAUCCCUGUCAUCUUUACCAACAGAGGCAAUAAAAGCUUCAGUGAAAGUGCCAUGA